AUGCUUGACAAUAAAAUCGUUUGUAAUCCGGCGAUAACCAAAUAUUGUGACCUCAAAACAAGCUCCAGUUCGAAACUCGACUUACGUAUCAACUCGGUGCAGCUGGAGGAUGAAAAUGUUUAUGCUUGUGAAAAUCAGCGUGGAGAAGGAUACGAUAUUCAUUUAACUGUCACAGUGAAACCGGAGGUGACAAUAGAAGAGGCAUCCUCACUCGUUGUGAAUAGUGGAGAGGAGUUGCAAAUCGGAACUUGUCGCGCUUCCGGAGCCAAACCGCGCCCGCAAAUCCAGUGGAUCGACGAUACGGGAAGAGUUUACCCGGCAAAUGAAGAUGCUACCAAAAAAGGGAAGCUCAUCGACGUUGAGAGCACCUUAAUCAUCCCCAAUUCAAGCAAGGACCACCACGACCGUCGAUUCUCCUGCAAGAUUUCCCAAUCAAACCAGGAAGUAGCCACUUUGGCUGUGGAAAAAAGCGUAAACGUCCGCUGGGCACCAGAAAAUACCGACAUUAUCGGCGCUGAAGAGUUCCUGGAAUUGAAUGCAGCGGAAAUUACCUGUCAAAGCUCUUCAAAUCCUGCUCCGACGUUUUCCUGGUCCGUUGUCGAUGCAAAUAAGACUCUUGAAACCGAUUAUGCUCACUGGACGAUUUCAGACGACGGCGCCACUCUCCGAACAAACAGCAUUCUCGCAUCCGACAACAGCGCUGGCUUCCGCUGCAUCGCAUCAAACGACUUGGCUGAAGAGGCCAAGGACUUUGUCCUCGCCGUCACCGAACGUCCUCCCGCGCCCUCUGAGUCCAUUUCCGAUUCGAUCAGCGGAGGAGCAGCUAAAAAUGCGAUGGUCUAUUCUAUUGCUGCUGUAAUUUGCAUUGUGCUGUUAAUCGCCUUCUGUAUUGUUUUGAAGAGGACAUGCAUAACCAAAAAAGAAGUCUACAAAACUGAAGACAAGGAGGAGCGAGACUCCCUCGCCGACGCAGAACUCGAAGCUGGGAACAAGAAAGAAUACUUUAUGUAA